UCCACUGUCGCUUUCGCUAACUUUCUAUCACUCACUCCUCGUGUGUGUCUAAACACAUAUGUGUGUAUGCGUAUGCACAUUUGUGUAUUUAUAUGCACUGGUGUGUUUUUUGCUGUACAGGUAAUAAAGACGGGGAAAGGUUUUUGUGUUUUCUUAAUAGGUGAAGAAAUCGUGAAGACCAGAGAUUGGAACAUACUGAAUUUUAAAUUAAAAAAAAAAAAAAGUUAAAUUGUCUGGCUGUGGAAGAUGGAUCCUCAUUUUUGCAGCCACUUUGAAUCACAAGUUCAUCUCUAAAUGCACUGUUUCUUUUUUGUUUUGUUUUGUUUUGUGGUGUUUUUUUUUUUUUUUUUGGCUUUUAUUUUUUGAAGAGCUAACUAACCCUGGCUGUCUCCAGUCUGAGAGAGUAUUCAAAUGGACUUGCUUCCUCCAUUAGUUAUAAGCUGUUUAAAAGCACAUCCUAUGUUUGAAUUGUGGAUGAGAGGUUCCCUUGGCAAAGUGAGGAGGAAAAUUCUUCCUACCCCUUUAUUAUUAAUUCACGGAUUCAGUGUUGGUUCGGCCUACAGGAGAAGUUAACUGGAAGUCUUUGAAGAUCGAUAACUUUGCUGAGGUUGUCCAGGGUUACUUUUAAAAAGAAGAUUUCACUGAUCACAAGCCAGUAGAAGACUUUCAACCCAAGCAAGGGUGAAGACAGCUCUCUCCAAGAGCAGAGGAAGUCCCUGUGGAGAGAACCCGAGCUUGUUAUCAGAACUUGUCAGCAUGUCUAAACAAGGAGACGAUUGCUACUUCUAUUUCUAUUCUACCUGUACCAAGGGAGACAACUGUUCCUUCCGCCACUGCGAAGCUGCUCUGGGGAACGAGACGGUCUGCACGCUGCAGCAGGAGGGUCGUUGUUUCAGGAAUGUCUGCCGAUUCAGACACAUGGAAAUUGAUAAAAAGCGCAGUGAGAUUCCGUGCUACUGGGAGAACCAGCCAGUAGGCUGUCAGAAAGCCAACUGUGCUUUUCAUCACACAAAGGGACGUUACAUCGAUGGAGUCUUCUUACCACCAAGCAAGACUCCACUGCCAAGUCCGCCUGAGUCCACGGACGAUGAUUUGAAAGUGGCUCAGAUGUCACUGCAGCAAAAGAAACUUUCUGUCCAGUCCAAUCCCUCUCCAUAGCUAAGGGGGGUGAUGAAAGUGGCAAACUCUGAAAAUGUCCCAAGCCCUACACACCCUCCAGUUGUAAUCAAUGCUGCAGAUGAUGAUGAAGAUGAUGACGAACAGUUUUGUGAGGAAGGAGAAGAAAGUAAAAUUCCCGUCCAGCAACCAGCUGAGGAAGGCCAAAAUGGAUUACGGAUGAUUUCCACUCGGAAAGCCAGUGCUACUACUGCUAAACAAGAGGACGGUCUGAAUUUUGGAAUAAAAACACUUGAAGAAAUCAAAUGGCAGAAAAUGAAGGAAAAAACUAAGAGACACGGUGAAGGUCCUUCAAGAUCUUCUCUUCCUCCCGUCGAUUCUAUGAUUUUUCCUACUCCGGAAAAGGAAAAUGUCCGGACAGUGGUGAGAACUGUGACACUGUCUACAGAGGAAGGGGAGGAACCUGUGGUUCGACUAGAUCUCGCUGAGAAACAAGGAAAAUGGAAAGCCUCCGUGGCUGAUGUAAGCGCCCUUCCAGUGAAGCGCAGCCUUGCUGAAAGGCUGGGGAAGAAGGUGGAGGUUCCGGGAAAUGCUGACAAAGCACCGAAGAGAGGUACAGCUCCUAAACAGGCAUCUGGAUUUGAUUCCCGGCUCAAGUUGCCAAGUCUGUGA